CGUACUGGGCAAGCGUGGAAGUUAGAAAAAACCAAAACCCUAAUUUUCCAUUUGACAAGAAUGACGAUGAUGUCUGAUCUUUCCAAGGAUUUGGUAGAGGAGAUACUCUCUAAGGCUCUGAUAACUUCUCUAGGAGCAGUGAGAUCCACUCGCAAACAAUGGAACGCCUCAUCCAAAGACCGGCUGUUGUGUAAAGCAGAACCAAGGGAGCAGUUUCUGAGGUUCAUGGUGAUGGAUCAUAGGUUUCUUUCAAUGACAUUCAAUCUCCACGGAAUCCUCAAAGGAGACGGUGAAGUCUUUGUUCGUCCAUCUAUCAAGGAGGUAGGUGAUAUAGUUAAUCAAAUCGACAUCUCUAAAGUGUUUCAUUGCGAUGGUUUAGUGUUGUGCGUCACAAAUGACAACUCAAGUCUCGUGGUUUGGAAUCCGUAUUUGGGUCAAACCAAGUGGAUCGAAACAAGAGAACCUCACGACGAAUCAGACAUGUUUGCUCUAGGAUACGACAAGGACAAGAACCACAAGAUCUUGAGGUUGUACGAUCAGUAUUACAACUACAAAUUUUUCAAUUUGAAGACUGAAUCAUGGGGGGAAGAAGAUUAAAAGCAAGCGAGCGAGAUGGCCAUUUGGGUGACUACUAAGAUUGAGUCCAAUGAGGUGUUGUGGAGCAACUUGUUUAAAGUUGAUAUGGAACCACUCAUUAGGUUUGGUUUUCAAUAUUGUAGAGAUGAAGCUGGCAGUUUUUUUAUUGACGAAGAGAAGAAACUCGCGGUGGUUUUUAAUUUAGACAGAAAAUCUGAUAAAAGGACCAAGAAGAAACGUUGUUACCACACGGCUUAUAUCGUUGGAGUGAAGGGAUACUUGAGAAAAGUGGUUCUUGGAGAAGCUGUGGAGGUCAGAGAAGGCGUGUAUCGUAGCGCACUUGUGUGUUCUAGCUCUUAUGUUCCAAGUUUAGAGAAGAUCAACCAAAUUGAAGAGGAAGAGGAAGAGGAAGAUAUGUGCAAAUCAACCAAAAUGGUGGACGCAAAAGGGAAAGAUAAGAAGAGGAAGAGGAAGAGCAAAACGUAA